AUGGUUAUCAAAUGUGUUUGGUUAUUGUUGUUGGUAUUCCACAACAAUGUUGAAGCUCAGAUGAAAAUUUUCGACGUAAACCAAUAUGGUGGUAUUGCAGAUGGAAAAACUGAUAACAGCAAGGCUUUUCUUGAUGCAUGGUAUGCAGCUUGCAAUAACACUGGAGGUGGCGUGGUCUUAUUUCAGAAAGGCAUAUAUUUAGUGAACCCUUUGGUCAUAAAAGGCUCUUGCAAGGGGCCAAUGGAGUUGCAGAUCCAAGGCACCUUAUUGGCUUCAAGAGAGAAGCAAUACUCGGUUGAUAUUGAUCAUUGGAUCCUCUUCCAAUACAUUGACAGCUUCGUAAUAAGUGGUGGAGGGACGUUGGACGGCCAAGGAGCCGCUUCUUGGCCCUAUAACGACUGUAGCCGGAACACGCAUUGCAAGCCACUGCCUGGGUCAUUGAAGUUCGAUUUUGCCAAUAAUACGAGGAUUGACAACAUAACUUCCCUCAACAGCAAGAACGUCCACAUCAACCUUUACGCAUGUCUUAAUGUGAUAAUCAGCAACGUUAACAUAAGUGCUCCGGGCGACAGCCCCAACACCGAUGGAAUUAAGAUCGGGAAUUCAAGCAACAUCCAAAUAUAUGAUUCAGUAAUAGCCACAGGAGAUGACUGCGUAGCAUUCCUUCCCGAAUCAAGAAACAUUUCCGUUACUCAUACUCACUGCGGGCCUGGCCAUGGAAUCAGUUUAGGAAGCAUUUCAGGCAGCUCUAUUUCUGAUUUGAACGUAACCCAAUGCAGCUUCGUAGGUACUCAGAAUGGUCUUAGAAUCAAGACUACGAGUCCCUCCCAACCAGGCAUUGUUUCAACUGUUAAAUUUGAACACAUUGAAAUGCACAAGGUCCAUAACCCGAUCGUCAUUGAUCAACAAUAUUGCAGUGGCAGUGGUUGUACUGGACCGGUAACGAAAAUUAUUUCGGAGAUCCAGAUUACUGAUGUCAAGUAUAAUGACAUUUGGGGUACUUCAGAGACAGAUGUUGCAGUAACACUCAACUGUAGCGAAAAUAAACCUUGUGAGAAAAUCGUAUUACAAGAUAUCAACUUAGAUUACAUAGGACGCGGAUCGACAAAAGCCUCGUGUUUGAAUGCAAAAGGAGUAGCUUAUGGCAAAGAAAAACCUAAUUCUUGCCUACAGAGUUAA